ACAGUAUAUAAGAGGUGAGGGAGGAGGAGGCCCUAUCUUACUGUAACAGAACCAGUCAUCAUGAAGGGGUCUUGGCUGCUGCUGCUACUGACGGCUGUACUGACCGUUGGUGUCAACAUCGUGGGCGGAGCUCCUGAGCCAAAUGGCGAUAGUGAGGAGGACCAGGACGGUGAGCUUCAAGAUGUCCGUCAGCUGAGGGAACUUGUCCGACAGGAACUUCGUGGCCUCGACCAGGAUGGUGAGCCUAAGUCACCAGCUGAUGAAGAGAUGGGCCACGAGGUUGAACUUCGAGUGCUAAGAAGACUCAGUAUGAAGAGGCUGAAGGAGAAGACAAAGCAAAUAGCGAAGAAAGUGGGAGGAAAGGUGAAGGAGUUUGCGAAGAAUGAAUUAGUGAGGGAGGCAGUGAAGGGUGUUGGCAAAGCGGCCAUUGGUGCAGCAAUGCAGGGUUGACCUCAAUGCUGUGACGAGGUUUGAUACAAGAUGUUGACGACUACAGCUUCGACCUGACCUGCCCGACCUUCCUCUUACCUACAGGGAUACAGAAAUACACUAACACCGGCACAUUACAAUACAACACUAACUUCACUUUACAUUACAGUAACACAGACACAACACUACCAACUGUAACUUUACUUUACAUUACGUAAC